GGUUCACAAAUUCGAUUCCAUCUCUCAACGAUUCGCAGAAAUUCUCUCAUUCUCAAAACCCUAGUUUCAGAAUCAUAAUUUAGGUUAUCAAUGGAAGGAACUGCAGGUGCAAAUGUUGUUAGCAAGGGAGGAAGAAAAGGCGGUGACAGAAAGAAAGCCGUAACAAAAUCUGCUAGAGCUGGAUUGCAAUUCCCAGUUGGAAGAAUCACUCGUUUCUUGAAGAAAGGUCGAUACUCUCAGCGUCUUGGUUCUGGUGCUCCUGUUUACAUGGCUGCUGUUCUUGAAUAUAUCGCUGCAGAGGUGUUGGAAUUAGCCGGAAAUGCUUCAAGAGACAACAAGAAAUCGAGAAUCAUACCAAGACAUUUGUGCUUAGCAAUAAGGAAUGAUGAAGAAUUGGGGAAGUUACUUACUGGUGUUACAAUUGCUAGUGGUGGUGUUCUGCCUAACAUUAACUCUGUUUUGUUACCGAAGAAGAGCGGAAAAGCCGAGGCAGAGAAACCCUCUUCUCAGAAAUUUCCAGGAAAAACUGUUGCUUCUAAAUCUCCCAAGAAGUAAAAAAUAGGGUUCAACUUUUUAAUACUGAAUGUGUAAAAAUAAAUGAAAUGUAGGGUUCAACUUUUUGGGUUGUAAUGUGUUGUGAAACAUUCGUCUUCUUCAACGGAGUACAUGUUUACCAUUUUUGAAAGUAAUCAAAUUUGUAGUUUUUAUUUUCA